AUGAGAGUCAACGCAAGAUGCUUCGGAUUGGAAAGAGGAGGACUACCUUUCCACAAGCUCGUCAAGAACAGCGCGUACUUCAGUCGCUUCCAGACCAAGUACAAGCGCCGCCAGCAGGGCAAGACCGACUACUAUGCCCGCAAGCGCCUCAUCAACCAGGCCAAGAACAAGUACAAUGCGCCCAAGUACCGCCUUGUCGUCCGCUUCACCAACCGCGACAUCAUCAUGCAGAUUGUCACCUCGGAGAUCACCGGCGACAAGGUCUUCGCCUCGGCCUACUCCCACGAGCUGCGCGCCUACGGCAUUGAGCACGGUCUGACCAACUGGGCUGCGGCCUACGCCACCGGCCUGCUGAUUGCCCGCCGUGUCCUGAGCAAGCUCGGCCUCGACGAGACCUUCAAGGGUGUUGAGGAGCCCGAUGGCGAGUACACCCUCACCGAGGCUGCCGAGGGCGAGGACGGCGAGGAGCGCCGCCCCUUCAAGGCCUUCCUGGACGUCGGUCUGCAGCGCACCUCCACGGGUGCCCGUGUCUUUGGCGCCAUGAAGGGUGCCUCGGACGGCGGCAUCCUGAUCCCGCACUCCGAGAACCGCUUCCCCGGCUUCGACAUUGAGACCAAGGAGCUGGACGCCGAGGUCCUGAAGAACUACAUCUUCGGCGGCCACGUUGGCGAGUACAUGGAGCUGCUCGAGGACGAGGACGAGGAGCGCUUCCGCAGCCAGUUCCAGCAGUACACCGACGACGAGGUCACCGCGGAGGACCUGGAGGAGCUGUACACCAACGCCCACGAGGCCAUCCGCGCCGACCCCUUCAAGAAGGUCGAGGGCGAGGGCCCCAAGAAGUCCAAGGCGGAGUGGAAGGCCGAGUCGCUCAAGUACAAGACCCCCAGACUCACGCGCGAGCAGCGCAAGGAGCGCAUCCAGGCCCGCAUUGCCGAGCUGACCCAAGAGUAA